CUCGGUCCAAGGAGGACAUGCAACUCUUCAAGGACAACAGGACCAAGGCCACCACAGGGUCCUCAGUGUCCUCGCUCUAUCCCCUCAAAGACUUUGAGGACGGCGGCACAGAGUCCGGCUUCUUUGUCUUUCCAGAUCUCUCUGUGCGGAUGGAGGGGACCUAUCGCCUCAAGUUCUGUCUCUACGAGAUGAAAGGACGUGCAUUUCUGUGCGUUUGUGAUCUCUGAUCCACUGGUCGUCUAUUCUGCGAAAAAGUUCCCUGGCAUGGAAGAAUCGACGCAGCUGUCCCAAUACUUUGCAGAGCAGGGUUUGAAGAUCAGGAUACGAAAAGAAGUUCGGCCGAAAAAGAGGAGCCGGGGUGAAUAUUUGACCGUACCAACGUCACAGAGUCCUACAGAGUCGCAACAGAGAGAUGCCGCUGAGCUGCCCGAGUCGCAGGAUGAUGAGGAGAAGUCAACAGCCGCGACAGGCGCACCUCAAACAUCAAAGCGUCGCGCCUCAGGGAUCAGAACCAUCGAGUUCAGACGCGAGAAAAAUGCAGCGCUCGGGAACAAGUCGGAGCAUCCAGCCAGUCAAGACACUAGAGGUGGACAGUGGGGAGGAAGCCAGAUGCAGGAACGUGCUGACUAUCAAGACAGAUCAAGACCAGUUCCUGGGGCAUACGGUCAGCAGCAACCGCAUCAUGGACAUUUUGAGGGCAACUCGAACGCUUCUCGUCGCUUUUCCGCUGCCAACAGGGCUGCAGAGGGCGUAUCCCAUAUGGAUUUGAAUGCAAAACCAAGCAGUACCAGCACGCGCCCAGAUCAACGAGCGGAUUUGUACCGCGGCAGGGGGCAGGACCAGCUUACAGCAGUACAGGAGCACGGAAUUCCCAAUCCACAUCUGUCACGACAUGGCCCUACUAUCCAGUAUUAUGGCCCUCCAACCGCGUCAAGACCCUCGAUUGAAGGACAACAAAUCGACCAAAGGACGGUAGAUUCAUUACCUAGGGCAGGGCCGACCUAUAAUGGCCCUUUUGAGGAUGAGGCCGCGGUUGGGACCACACAUCGACGUCAUUAUCCAAAUCCCGCACCAGAGUACCAGGAUGGCUCAAGGCGCCCAAGUGCUGCUGGAGUUCGUCGCGUGUCUUUCCCGGAGACGCCUGCAGCAUAUAGUCCUCGAGGGAUGGUAGCUGCCCAGGGACAUGUAAGAGAUCACCCGAUAGGACCACCAUAUCAGGCAGACGAGCACUCACGAGUUCCUCAGAGCCAGCCUUUGAUCUCAAGAGCAACACCCUCAGAAAAGAAGUACGCGUAUCCACGUCAGGGGUAUACUGUUCAGACUACCCAGAAACCAAUGGACUAUAAUGCACCGGCCUCGUAUCUUGAAGAUCACCAUCGCGGAAGUGUAUCAUCCAACGCAUUUGAUCGGCCUGACUAUGUGCCGCGGUCUCAGGUGGAGGAUCCGUCUCAGCAUGCGGUGGCGUUUCCCGCAAAUACUCAGCCGCCGCCGUAUCCGCCACACCCUGCACGAGAACAUCUGUUCCAGAACGGCCAUCCAUACCCCGGCCAGCAAAGGCCUGCACCACAAAGACCAAGGCGGUCGUCUGAGUACGAGUCCUUCCCAGGGUUCCAGCAGCAGUCGGCAUCGCAUCUGCCCUAUCCUGCACACUCUCAUCCACUUCCUCCGCAGUCUCGAGGAAAAUACCCUGCGUCAGAUGGGUUGACUAUCUCGCAAGCGGGUCCUGAGAGCAACCAUGCGCCCAACCACACGCUCAGUGAGGAGGCAGUGUCUUCUCAUGGUCGAUAUGCAACGUACGGACACCCACCGUAUCCUGGAUCCACACCUACGCUAGCAUCGGUGCCAGCGGGACAUGCACAUCGCGAUGCCGCUGGGGGUCCUCUCAGAGAAUCGUUAUCGACUUCAGCACCGCAAGCUCACGACCACCGAUUGCAAUCUAUGCCCCAGCUUGCGCUUGGGCCAUCUCUGCCUCCCAAGACGCAUGGACAUUCACCGGUCGAGAGCGCCUUUCAUCGAGAGCGCGAGGGUGAGAAGGUGACACUCCAUUUGGAUCAAGAGUUUUCUGGAUAUCCUCCAUAUCAUAGUCAGGAUGGCGCCUCUUUGCCAGUCUCAGGAUCUGAGGCAAGUGGACAUUAUGUAAGAGGCAGUUCAUCUGUGCCCGCAUAUACAAACCAUCCCCGGGGCCCUGUGUUGGGCAUGGGACAAGGCACAGCUUCCCGAUCGGGAUCACUGGACUAUGGCCACGAAAAUCGGUCUUCGUACGGACAUGGCCGUUCGAUCUCGUCGUCCGGUAUCCCUAGACCUCCUUAUUCAUUGAGUACGGCAGCUAUGCCUCUUGGCCAUACGUCUGGACCUGGUCCGCAGUCGAGUAGUCCUCCGGUUGCAGUCUUCAGAGCAGGUCAAGGCAGGAAACAAGGACAGUACGAGAAUUACGAUAUUACACAAGGGUCCCACUACACGACUGCUCAGAGCAAUGUCCCAAAUAGCUCUGGACCUGACUCGUAUGGGGUACAUGGUAGCCGAAGGACACAGAGCCAUGAGUAUGUACAUCCUGCAGGGCCAGGACCAGUGCCGGGAGAACCAGGAGGGUCAGGAGGACAUGGAGCCUCUUCAUCUCAUACGCAGGCGCAUCCGGAUUCUGUUGAUCAGUCCAAACCGCAGCAACAACAACAUCAACACUAUCAAUCGCAGUAUCAUCAUCAGCAGCAGCAGCAAGCGUACCAUGCUCAACAACGUUAUGCACAACCGCAAUACCAGCACCAUCCAGAACCUAUGACACAGACACUUGGUCCUGCUUCAUCGCAUCAACAGACAGACCCAUUCCCGCAUGCACAGGCCCACUCACAAGUACACGAACAUGGACCAUCACCACUGUAUGCCCCACAACAGCAGUCGCUUGGCUCGCAUGGCUACAACUAUGGACCGUCAUCAUCAAUCGUGACGCAAAGUGGGGAGGCCAUCCGUGGACGGUCUUAGACCCGAACCUUGUACCCUGUUGAAUGAUGUCUUUGCAAGUGUGUAAGAUAGCGUUAUUAAAAAUAAACGAGCAUGGACAUGAGCGCAGGGUUUAUUUUGCAUGCAAGCUGCACAAAAUCU